AUGACUUCCGCCGCCCGAUUAGCCUCCGCAAACACCGAUAUACCGGAAAAACUCAUGGCUAAGGUUCCUUAUGGCGGUGCGACCGUUGUUUUUGCGCAAGCUCCUCUAAGGCCAUGGUCAAAUGUUCUUUUACAUGGAUGUACGGCCUUUGGCAAGACAUGCAUUGUUGGUCCAGCAAUAGCAGCUUGUUCUCUUCAAUCCAUAUCAGUGAAAGGGCUGAGCUAUUGGAUAAGUAACAUUGGAACUUCUGAGCAAGCUGCAACAAUAACUGAUUUUGAGAAGUGGUUAGACAUAGUCGUUACUUUGCAGGCCAAGAAGAUUUCUGAUGAGGCACAGCUUGCUGAUUUCGAAGUCUCUGAAGGCAUAAAUUCUCGAGCUUGCAUCGAACAUGCUGAUUCAGUAUGUUUAUGGCGGGGAGCAAAUGUUAUGUUGCAGUAUUCAUGCGAAGAGGCCACAACUCUUCUACAAAAGAACCUAGAAAACGUUAAAGCAAGUUUAGAAGUUCUUGUUGCUGAUCUACAAUUCUUACUGGACCAAGUAACAAUCACGCAGGUUACAAUCGCUCGUGUGUAUAAUUGGGAUGUUCACCAAAAGAGAAUCCGUCGAGCCGGUACUCCUGCUAAAUACUCUUAAAGGGAUCUUUUCAAGUCGAAUCAUGGUAGCAGAAUGUGUACUCCUGGAUGAGAGUAUGACUUUGAUCUUCCCAUUUUCAAUCAGGUGAAUGAAUAUGUAUCGCUCUGUUAUCGCAGUGGUUAAGACUCUGAUAACGAGUGAUUUUGGUUAGGUUUAGUUAGAUUUAUUGCAUUACACAAAGCUUGUCUUGUAAACGGUUUUGAUUGAGAACCUCUUGGGCUUGAUUAUUCACUUUCUGCGUGUGGUGCACUAGUUUUGAAU